UUCCUUAUUCAGUCACUCCUUUACUGACGACGUGCUUGUUUGUUUUUCAGCGUCUGGUGUGCUCCGCCCUUCACGACUCUCACAUCCCUUGUGUUCACGCCGAAACCUGACCAAACCUGACCAAAUAUCGUACAACUGCUCAAAGCUCACUCGCUCACCAUGAAGUCAAUAUCAUCGUCUUUGUUGCUUGCGAUCUUCACCUUUAUCCUCAGUGCAGUUGCAGAUCAGCUAGUGCUCGCAGACACACCUCCAGCAUGUCUCCUUCAAGCUCUCAACACUCAAUCCAAACCUUCCAAUCUCUCUGCCAUCUGCGGUAACGAGGCGACGGACAUUCAGCUGGCUAUUGCAAGCUUGUGUGAACCCAUGCAGUUAGCGGCGCAGUCUGCGUUCAUCGCUACGUGCUCCUCUGCGGGUUCUUCAGUCGCUCCCUACAUCUCAGCCUCCUCAACCUCCCGAACGACCGCCGAUCCUUCCUCCAGCGCCUACAUCUACACUACAACCAUUGACGGCAGCACCAUCCUUACUUCGACCGCGGGUGCGACUGCGACAAAAGGCGGUUCUGCACCUUCAGGUACGAUGUCCGCGGGCGGAACUUCAGCGACGGGAAAUGCUGCGGCAGAUGUCAAACAGGUGGGCAGUUUUGCUGCAGCGGUAAUCGCUAUUGCAGGUGUGGUGGCUAUUCUGUGAAGCGACACUCUAUGAAAAAGCUGUGUUGAUGCAAUGGGCGCCUUCCCGGAA